AUGUCCAAGGGUUUUAUUCCCUGGAGUCUGAUCGUGGCUACUGGACUGAGGAUAAGUCUGUUAGCCCCCACUGUUGCUGCGCUCUCCGAGUUGCUGUUGUCGGCACCCGCCUGUUCGUCUGCAGCCGUGCCGUACCGACCGACACUACCAUUUUGCGACAAGGACUCUAUACCUUUGACCUCCCUGAUCAAGAAACGGAAAUCAUUUGAAUGGACUCAGGAAGCUCAAGAGGCUUUCCAGGAGAUUAAGUCAUGUUUAGUUACCGCCCCUAUUCUGUCAUGCCCAGACUUCACCAAGCCAUUCACAAUUUCGUGUGACGCUUCAGGAAUUGGUUUAGGUGCAGUUUUGAGUCAGUCAGAUGAGAGAGGUUUGAAUAUGGAAAAUACGGCGACUUGUGCAACGAUAAUUCCAGUAGAUAUUAGCGAUCGGUGGUAUCUUAACCUGAGGAAAAAGGUGAUUAAGAACCCUGCGGCCUACAGCCAGUGGAGUGUUCAAGAGAACCAGCUGUGGAAGAAGAUUGAUGACCUAUCAGCCUUAUCUACAGAAGAAUCCAAGUGGAAAUUGUCCAUGAGUCUACUGGUUAUACCCCAAAUCUUCCUCGUCUUUGGACGUGAACUCACGGUUGCUGGCUCCGGAUUUGAUGUUCUACAAUCUGAGGACCAACUGCCUUCGGUUGGAGAUCGCCAAGAGUACAGUGAUAAACUGAAAGAACUUCAGGCGAUACAUCGAGAAGUGUCUGAGAAGCUGAAAGAGGUGCACCGUACCAAUGCCCGUCACUACAAUCUUAGAAGACGGCCCCCCAGACCUACCGAAUUAAUAGCCUAG